AUGAACGCAACAUGGCUGCAGCAAGUGGUAUCGACAGACGAGUCCAAGCGGGAACCCGUACCAACACCAACGCUGGAGAUCGCUGCAAGCAGACACCGACUGACAGCCAUUAUGAAUACGGACGACGUUGCGGCUGCUACAGCUGCGGCGCUUGUAGGGCGAACUGCUGCUGCCAGCAAGAGUUCGCUCGCCUUCAUCUUGGGUGGCAAUACGGUCGAAGAUCAGGCCCAUUCGACUGGCGGAACUUUUGCUAAUCUCCAGGUUAGUUCAAGUGUCUCCACGAUGGAAAACAGGUCUAGAAACGUACCAGCUCCUACUGCAGGAGCGAAAGCUGCUAUGAAAAAGUCGCGUAUUUGCAAGUUUGACAAUUGCACGCGUUACGUGGUAAACCGUGGACUUUGUAUUGGUCACGGUGGUGGUAAGCAAUGUGCUGUCGUUGGGUGCACGAGCAGUGCCAAAAAUUUGGGCGUGUGCUGGAAGCAUGGUGGUUCGACAAAGUGCACGAUGGCUGGAUGUGAGAACCGUGCUAAGUCUCGCGGAGUUUGCUGGUCUCAUGGUGGAGGCCGCAAAUGCAGUGAAGAAAACUGUAUCAAGACGGCAGUCUCUCAUGGUCUUUGCUGGGCUCACGGAGGAGGCAAACGAUGUGUCGUCGAAGGCUGCCGUAAACCUGCGUACGAGCGCAACGGCAACGUGUGCUCUCUGCAUCAAGUUCCCGAUGCUAGUGCUUUGCAAAAACCAGAAGAACGAUGA